GGACCAUUCACCACCCUCUAGCUUCGACUUGCAACGUCUUCCUUCUUCGCAUCCUACGCUAUGUCUGAUUACGAGGAAGACUUGCCUGUGAACAGUGGCGCUGCGGAGGUAACCGCGGAGAACGAGGAUGUCGAAGAGGAGUACGAAGAGGACCAGGAGGAACGACCUCGCAAGAGCUCACGGAGAGACUAUGACGACGACGAAGAGGACGAGGAAGAUGAGGAGGACGAGGAGGAGGACCCGGGCGCAGAACGGGGAAAGAAACGUAGAAGGACGAAGCGGCCUGCCGUCAACCGCUUCCUCGAUGUGGAGGCCGAGGUGGACGAGGACGAGGAUGAAGAGGAAGACGUGGACGAAUAUGCCCGCGAUGAGUUCGUCGUUGGCGGAGAGGCGGAGGAGGACGACCUGGCGCGACGCGCAGCGGACCAUGCAAGAUUUGACAGACGAGAACGAGAGCUCGACGACCAAGACCUUGCGAAGAUCGCGGAGAACCUGAAUCAACGGUACAGGCGCACCGCGAAGCGGUUUACCAGCGACGCCGAGCUACCGCAGCGAAUGCUUAUGCCGUCCGUGGAAGACCCAAGCCUUUGGCAAGUCCGUGUGAGGCCUGGCAAGGAACGCGACCUUGUAUUCAGUCUCAUGCGCAAGGCUCUCGACCUGGAGUUCUCGAACCGGCCACUUCAAAUAUUCUCCGCCUUCCAACGCGACUCACUGCCUGGUAUGAUCUAUGUGGAGGCCCACAGCGCCAAGCAGGUCGCCGACGCCUGCAACGGGCUAGUCGGCGUCUUCCCAAGUCGCGGAAUAGUGCUCGUACCAAUUGACGAGAUGGCUAGUCUGCUGCAGAUCAAGAAGCAGGACCUGACGGUCACUCCGGGGAGCUGGGUGCGUAUCAAGCGUGGCAAGUACCAAGGCGAUCUCGCGCAGGUCAUGGACAUCACGGAGAACGGGGAGGAGGUCGGCCUCAAGUUCAUCCCGCGUAUUGAUCUGAAUCCCAAGGACGACGCUGCUCUCGACGCAAUGGGCAAGAAGCGAAAGAAGGGACCGUCAGGGCUGUCGUCGUUCAGCAUGCGUCCGCCGCAGCGCUUCUUCAACUACGAGGAAGCUGUCAAAGUGUAUGGACGUAAGGGCGUGUCGAAGCGGAACCAGGUGUACGUGUUCCAGAACGACACGUACCGGGACGGCUUCAUCGAGAAGGACUUCCGCCUCACUGCGCUUCAGUUGGACGACGUCAAUCCGACGCUAGACGAGAUCACCCGGUUCACGCGCGGUCAGGAUGGCACGGAAAACGAUGCGAACGUCGAUUUGUCUAUCAUCGCCGAGGCAUCGCGCAAGGCUGCCAUAUCCGUACUGCAGCCCGGUGAUCACGUCGAGGUCUUCGAGGGCGAACAGGCCGGUGUGCAUGGUACAGUCCACUCGAUCGAGCAGGACAUCGUCUCGAUACAGCCAGUAGGCAUGGAUCUGGAGCAGCGGAUCCAACUACCUGCACGCAGCGUCCGGAAGCGUUUCAAGCCUGGAGACCAUGUCAAGGUCAUGGCAGGCCAAAACGCCGAUGAGACCGGUCUCGUCGUCUCGGUCGUCGACAAUGUAGUGACAUUCCUGUCGGACAUGUCGAUGCAAGAGGUGUCAGUGUUCUCGAAAGACCUCCGUGAGGCAGCCGAGGUUGGUACAGGAACUAACGUCGUCGGGAACUACGAGCUGCACGAUCUCGUACAGCUUGAUUUGCAGACGGUCGGGGUCAUCUUCAAGACGGAGAGGGAUUCUUUCCGAGUGCUCGACCAGAACGGUCAAAUUCGGCUUGUACAACCCCACCAAAUCUCGAUGCGCCGAGACUCGAAUAGGGCUAUUGCCACUGACGCGGAAGGCCAUGAGUUGCGUGUCAACGACAAUGUCAAGGAGGUCGACGGGGAGGGACGCAAAGGUCGUGUUCUCCACACGUACCAGUCGUUCUUUGCGUUCCUCCACAACCGGGACUACAAUGAGAACGGCGGUGUGUUCGUCACGCGUGCUCGGUCUUUGGUGUCUCUGGCGCCGAAGGGCAAUGCUAUGAAGCUCGGUACAACUGACUUGUCGAAGAUGAACCCGGCCUUGACCGGUGGGGUCGGAGGCAUGGUGGGCUCUGGCAACAUGGGCCGUGGACCCCGGGACCGACUCAUCGGAGUCACCGUCACCGUGACGAAGGGACCGAACAAGGGCUACGUUGGUACCAUCAAGGAUACCAACGGGCCUAUCGCUCGAGUUGAGCUGGUCACUGGUAACAAGGUCAUCUCGAUCGAUAAGGCGAAACUCAUGCGGAGAAACCAAAACGGUGCGUUGGAACCGCUGGAGGGACCGAACAACAUGGGCCCACCACGGAGUGGUUUCAACUCCGGUGGCGGACGCACGCCAAAUCCGUAUGCAGGCAACAGCGGUCGUACGCCUGGUUGGGGCGCCGUCGGGCGGACACCCAAUCCCUAUGCAAACGGCGGUGGCAAGACACCACAUUGGGGUCAGACGCCCGGGUGGGAGAAGACCCCUGCGUGGCCGGGUGCGUCAGCGACGCCGUUCCAGUCUGGCGACAAGACCCCUGCGUGGCCUGGCGCCUCACGGACGCCAAAUCCGUAUAUGCAGAAUCAGCCAAAGACGCCACGCUGGGACGGCUCAGCGCAGUCGCCUUCACGAGGGCAAGCGAAGUCGCCAGAACGUCCACAGGCAGCCGGUGGAUGGGGCGGUGUCAAUUGGGGGGAUCUCAGUUACAUUGACAAUCCGCAAGCGACAUCACCUGCGGCGAAUCCAUACACUGGUGCACCAACACCUGGAGCCCACGAUCUCUACCAAGACUUCCGGACCCCCAACAUCGGGACCAGUAUGGUCACUCCGGGCCCAUCCGCUGCUGAUUUCAUCGGCAACACCUCGGAUGCACCCUUUGAACUCUCCGAUCAGUGGCUCCUCGAACCAGACUUCUCGAACCAGCGCGGUAUGCUUGUCGAAGUCAAAGGCUCCUUCGGUCCCAGCGGCUGGUACAACGGGGAUUACGAGGGCAAGCAGGGCAUCAUCCUCUCAAUAUUUGACACCAAAAGCCCCAACUUCGCUGCGACGGCAAGCGUGCGCUUCUUCGAGCCCGUAGAUCCAGCCAAGUCUGCGCUUCAGGUGCCAGUUGAGGUUCUCAAGCCGGUCAAGCCUGAGAAGUAUGGCACGGAGGUCCUCAUCCUCCACGGUCCACAUAAGGGUCAGCAAGCGAGAGUCAACAUGGUCGAAGCUGGCGGCCUCAUGGUCGUGACAACAAAACAAUUCACAGUGGACGAGCUCAGCGCCGAGAAGCUCGUGGUGGUACAACCAGUCGAUUGAUGCGCCUGUCUGUAGUUGCUGUAACAUACUGACUUUGUGGUUACUUAUUUCAUUGCCGUUCUUGCGACUCCUUCAUACACACUACACG